GAUUGAAUAUAAAAUGCACAAUUUACUACUACUUGAUUGUUCUAAUAUUCAGACACUUCUGCAUAUUCUGCACUUAGGUUUAUUCUCCUUUCCUUUUAUUUUGAAAUGACGGGAACAUAUUUGCAAAACUUUCUUGAUAACAUGCAUAUCACCUGUUGCCAUUCGAAAUACCAUUAACUUAGUUUAAAUAAUACUAUAGUCAUCACUCUUUACUUAGUGUUGAAGUACUGCUAUUUAAUAUUACGAAAGUUUAACAGUUUAACUUUCAGACAGAGGUCUCCUGCCAUCUAGCGGUAAGCUAUUAUACUGCAGUUACAUUCUAUAUUGAAAUAGUGACCAUGAUUAUACAUUCAUUUCCCUUCUUUCAUGUAGCCUAUCAAUUGGAAAUUGUAAUAAAGCAUGAUUCAAACAUUUUAUGACACAUACAAAUAUAUAUUUUCUAUUUUCAUAUUAAGUCUUUCAUUGCCAUUCUCUGACAAUUUCUUGCUAAAAUAUAAUAUAAUAUAAUAUGUUUUAUUUAAACUCUCAGUCCCAGUUUAAUUAUAUCAACAAUUAAUAUUUGCGAACCAUUUUUUUUCUGAUCAUGUUUCAGUUUAACACUUAUUCGGUCUUUACAUUCUUAAUAAUACAGAGAUUAUUCGCGGGGGUUCUCGUGUGUUUCGGAUCCACCCAUGUGUUUCCAGCAGCAGCAGUCUGAGUUGUCUAAACACGUGCCACUGAAAUAGCUUUGCGCAUCACGCAUGACAACAGCGGCCACUCGUCGUGAUUUGUUCCAGCGCACAUCAGUGAACAGACACGGAACGCGGCCGCUUCCGCCGCAGCCAACGAAAUCUCACCGGGGGCGGGAUUCACACAAAGAAUCAUCCGCCGUUAUGACGUCACCUCCGCAGUGUCGCGCGCACCCGCUGAGAGACGCGCGCCUCGUCACAUCAAGGAAACGCUACUGUUGAACUCAAGGCACCAUGGCCACACCAACGUAUUUAGAUCCAGAUUUGGUUCGGGAGGUGCUGGAAUGUCCUAUUUGUCUGGAGACCUACAACCAGGAUCAGCUUCGACCCAAACUGCUGCAGUGUGGUCACUCCGUGUGUCGCCAGUGCCUUGAGAAACUCCUCGCCAGCACGAUAAAUGGCGUGCGCUGCCCCUUCUGCAGCAAGGUGUCUCGUAUGAGCAGUAUUUCCCAACUGGCUGACAAUCUCACCGUGUUGAAGAUCAUCGAUUGUGCAAGUUCAUGUGGCUCAACCAUGGGUCUCAUGUGCAAGUCUUGUAAAAACCGCCUGCCCCGGCAGUACUGCAGUGACUGCAGCAUUGUGUUGUGUGAUAUUUGUAAAAAUGAGGGUCACCAGCAUCAGGGUCACGUCGUACAGGCCAUUCGUGUGGCUGCUGAACAGCGCCGGAAAGACAUCAGCGGGAAGCUUUCUAACUUGCGGGAAGCAAUGGGAAACAUUCAGAAGAAGAAGGCAGCUAUCGACAACUUGACAAAAUCACUCAGACUGAAGUACAAGGCUGUUCAGCAGGAAUAUGCCAAGGCUGAGUUGCGGCUCCAGGAGGAACUUGGCCGUUCGCGCCGUGCCUUUGCCACCUCCUUGGCUGAAAUAGAGAAACUCAAUGCCCAGAUUCUGGAGGAGCAAACUUACCUGCUCAAUAUCGCUGAAGUGCAGGUAGUGUCUAGAUGUGACUAUCUAACCAUGAGGAUCAAGCAGACAGAUAUUUCUCUACUGGAGGAAGGGAGCAACAAUGAAGAAGAAGAGUUGGACUUAAAAACCAAUCUGCCCGUCAUUCUGAAACUACAAGAACCUGAAUUUGUUAAAACGGAGUGCUCGAAAGCCUUGGACGUUGGGCAGCUGACCACAAAACCCUGUACUGUCAAUGCCGAGGAAGAAGACAGACUCGAUUUCGCCACUUCUGUUGCCACCCCUUUGGACAUUUACCGUGAUAUUGACAUGGAAACGGCAGUCGAAGAGGCCGUUUGCGCUUCUCCCGGCAGCUUCAAGUCCAAGUCUGUCGACGGAGGUGGACCUUCUCCAGGAGCUUCUAGUGGGCAACUCUGUCAGUUUGUGAAAAAGAUGGGCUGCAAGGGCAAUCUGCCGGGCAUGUUCAACUUGCCGGUAAGCAUUUGUGUCACCCCGCAGGGUGAGGUGCUCGUGGCCGACCGAGGAAACUACCGCAUCCAGAUCUUCAACCGCAAGGGCUUCCAAAGGGAGAUACGGCGCAACCCGAGCAGCAUCGACAACUUUGUCUUGAGCUUCCUAGGUGCUGACCUGCCCAACCUCAUCCCACUCUCCAUUGCAAUCACUGCUCAGGGCCUCAUCGGUGUCACCGAUAACUAUGACAACUCUGUGAAGGUUUACACCACCGAAGGCCACUGCAUUGCUUGUCACAAGAACCAGCUCAUCAAGCCAUGGGGAAUCGCGGCCAUGCCUUCGGGCCAGUUUGUCGUGUCAGAUGUCGAGGGGGGAAAGCUGUGGUGCCUGGCCGUGGAUCGUAAUGUAGGGGUUGUGAAUUACAACCGCUUAUGUUCGGCUGUCAGGCCCAAAUUUGUAACUUGUGACUCCUCAGGUACAGUCUACUUCACACAGGGCUUGGGGCUAAACAUCGAGAAUAGACACAAUGAACAUCACCUUGAGGGGGGUUUCUCAAUCGGCUCGGUGGGCAUGGAUGGCCAGCUGGGAAAGCAACUCAGUCACUUCUUUUCAGAGACCGAGGACUUUCGAUGCAUUACCGGCAUGUGUGUUGACUCCAGUGGGGACCUGAUCGUGACAGACAGCGGGCGUAAGGAGAUAUUGCAGUUUCCUAAAGAAGGCGGCUAUAAUAUUCUCAUUCAGGAGGGCCUUACCUGCCCUGUAGGGGUAGCUGUUACUCAAAAGGGACAACUGCUUGUCUUAGAUUGCUGGGACCACUGUGUGAAGGUCUACACUUACUUGCAAAGGAGACGUUCCUCUACAUGUUAAGACUGCUGUGUGGACAAUUUAUUAGACGUCACUUUAAUUAAAUGGCUUCAUUACAAAUGCGUUUGCUUCUCAGUGAUUUCUGAUCUGUGGUUUGCAGUGGCCGGGAUCAGGCAGCUAAGCCGCAACCAUUCACCACUGCCAUGGAGCAACUGGAUGAUGGCUUAUGGGUAUUAGUGUGGAUGAUUUGGGCAAAUGGAUUUCGAAAUAUAGCACAACUGAUGGCAAUAACUGACAAUAUUGUUCUUUAUUUUGCACACGCAAGUCAGUUCUCAUAUGUUAUUUAUGGUUUUUCUGUGCUGCUGUACAGGCAUUAAGAUUUGUCUUGAGUUACUGAGAAGAUAUUUUUUGUAGUUGCUGUAUAAAUUAUAUUAAAGGUAUAUUCCUGUUUCAGUACAAGUAAGGCUCAGUCAACAGCAUUUGUGGGAUAAUGUUGAUAGUUACAAAAAAAAAAAAGUAAAUGUUACGUUGAGGCAAUUACUAUUUAAAUGGAGCCAAUUUUUGGAGAAUUUAAGAGCCAUUAAGAAAAUUUAAGAGAAUUUAAAAUCCCUUACAUUCUUAUGUUAAAAUGUGUUAUUUCAGCUGCAUUUUUACAGUCAAUUUAGGCAUUUUGUUUUCAUGGCAACAAAAUAACAUUGGAAAUAACUUUAGACAGAUAAAGUUUAGAAAGUAGGGAAGUCUGAUCCAAAUUGAAUAUUGAGUAUCUGCCGAUACCGAGUCCCGAUCCGAUACUUGUAUUUUCCUAGUGCUUGAUGUACACUUCAUGGACAUUAUAGCCAAUUUAUGAAGUUAUUAAAAUCAAUCCAAUUCAUACAGGUAUGCACAGAGAGUUUUUCAGGGACAGAAGCUUUUUCAGAGAGUUUUUCAGAGACUACAGAUAGAAGUAAAUGGUAAAUAAAUUACUUUCGAGUGGUUUGUUACUGAAGUGCACAUCAAAUAUGUUAAACACAGAAGCUCGGAAUAUGUGCGUGAGGUGCUAGAACAGACCUCAUUGGUUCUUGCACCUCACACACAUUUGAGCAUUUUCUUUUCCUUUUAAUGUCGGUUGCAUACCGCCACCUACUGCACGACACCGGCAUGGCAGCUGACGUAAAAUAAAGAUCGGGGCUUAGCAUAACAGAUACAGAUCAGUUAAAGGGGUCAUAUGAUGCCAUUUUUAAAGAUCAUUAUUUUGUGUAUUUGGUGUAACAGAAUAUGUUGACAUGCUUUAAUGUUCAAAAAACACAUUAUUUUUCAAACACUGUACAUUGUUGUUCAUCUAUGCCUUGCCUCUCUCAAACGUCGUUUUCUACAAAGCCCCUCCUUCCGACAAGCACUGCUCUGAUUGGCCAUCUGAUCCAGUGCAUUGUGAUUGGCCGAACACUACAAGCGUGCGUCGGAAAUGUAACGCCCCUUACCAUAAUCGCAAAGUAAAUAUAAAGACUGUUAAUAAUGUUGUUAGUUUUACCAUCAGUUCAAGCCCAAAAGGGGAACAGAGUCGCAUGACUGACACACAGUGAUGAUGCUCGUAUGUAUUUGCAGUACACAAGCCGCAUUUAAGACCGCUGACGUGCUGUGAUUUCUGACUGGCUGUACACUCCGCUGUGAUGUGACCCUGUUCCCCUCUCAAACACACACAACGCGUUACUCUACACUGCACAAAACUCUGCAUUUGAACAGUCAAUAGCAAAUACUUAAACUAAUAACAAAACAUACAUACAGUCGCUGAUUCAGAAGCGCCAGAUUGUCAUAGCAAAGUCGGAAUUGACCCUUUUUUUUUUUUUUUAAAUAGUCUUUGUGCACAGCCAGCCUUGUACUCUCCUAGGUUCACGAAACUGUCGUCCAUAAAAUGAGUUGCACAAAUUCAAAUAUUUGGGUUGUGCUGUUGUGUUGUAAACAAAUCUUAACCAAUGAUUCCUAAUUGCAUCUACUUUCUGAAGGCCAAAUAAAGUGCUUUUGCAUAGAAACACACAGCGUCUCCCUGACAUGGCUGCAUCAACACUAAUGCGGUUACUGAAACCACGCCUUCUUUCUUUGCGUGCACAUUUGGGUGGCAUUACGCAAAUAUUUCCACAUUGUGGCAUAGACAUGUGGGGGCGUGUUUGAAUGAGGCGUUUCAGCCCGAUCUGGAUCCACCUUCUCUUUUAGAUAGAAUAAAUCCUUUUGUGGGAGACUUUGAGCUUUGCAACUCUGCAGAUCUUAUACAUGCACAAACAGCUACAUAACACACUAAAGAAAAGGAAAACAAGAAAUUGCAUCAUAUGACCCCUUUAAAAUAUACUCAAUUUUUAUUAUUUUUUUUUAAACACUACAUUCUUGUUAACGCUAAUGCUUUUUUUUUUUUUUUUUUUGUUAGUUGUUGCAUAUUCAUUUUUCUUUUUAAACUGUCAGUUGUAACGUUUGCAGAUUGGCCCCAUCCACCUCCUUUGUCUAAAUGCCUUACUUUGUCUAAAUGCUCUUUUGCAUUAAAGAAAUUAUGGCUGUUUUUGGUGUUAAUAAACAUAAUGCCACAAGUGUUGUUGAUUAAGCUUAACUUGUACUGAACCUAGAAUAUUCCUUGAAUGGGAAGGAUUGCUGUGGAAAAUGUUAAAUGUGCUGACUCAAAACACUUCUGUGAGUGUCAUGUUCAUGUGUAAUUGUUGUAAUGAGUUCCCAUAAUGCCCUUACUAUUAAAGUGCCCCUUCAUACCUGAAACGUGUCACUAAAGGACCUUCUGAUUUAUGUAACAGUAUGAAUCUUCCAUAUAUUGAAAUAGUUACACCUAAAGAACAAUAAGCUUGAACAAACGUUAAGUAAUUGUUACUACAACAGAUGAGAUUAUAAUUAAAUGAUCUCAAUUAAAUUGUCUGUUAUUGUUAAUUAUUUACUGUGAAUUGGCUUAUAGUGUACUCUAGUUUGUGAUAGCAUUACUCUGUUGCAGGAACCAAAGGAAUGUUAAAUUCAGGAGAUAUUUACUAGCCUAUCAUCAGAGUAACUGCAAUAGUUCGACUGAAGCAGGGAAAUGACUCAGCAAUUUACAGACUAUAUUAAAAUCAUAUAUGAUAUUAUGUUUUGCAUUGAAGUGUCCUUGUAUUAAAGAGCUGGAUCUUAAAACUCUCCUGUUUGAAAGCUUUAGAUAGCUUUGAACUCUGUGUCUUAAAAUUCUGGUUAUGAUAUGGGCCUGUAUGUUCAAAUGUGUUCUGGAGCAGAUUAUGGCUAUACAAACAAUCACAAAUAGAUUAGAACAUAAACCUAUGAUCACAAUUCAUAACACAACACAAGUGUGCAUUGCAUUCUUUGGCUUGCAGAGGAUAAUGUAGUGGAUGCUAGUGUGAACGUCUUUCAUGUCAGUUUUCUUAUUUAGGUACUCAACUACUGUCACUGUCAACGUCAUAACAUAAUGUAUUAUGUUAGAACUUAAGUUAAAUGGCACAUACAUUUGAAGGUAACUAAUGUCACCGUCUUGAGCACUAAGGUUUGUUAUUGCCAAAUAACACAAGACUGCAUGUGAAAUAUCACAAGUUGUCAGUGCACUGGUCAUGAAUUUGCAUAUGUGCAGUUGUGAAAAGUAUGUUUCUGGCCUUAAGUUUUAAAAAUGCAUUUGUACAUUACCAACACAUGCAGACAGCCUGCAUUGGCCUUAUAACAAAUGCACUCUCCUUGCACAAGAGAUCCAGAGAAACUGGUAAUGUGCACUGUCUGUCAUGCCAUUAGAUAAGGAAAAUGAUUUCCAAUGAGUUGCCUGUCCAUGUUAGGACUUUGAAAGACCACUUUAAUGUAUGCCUUUACACUGCGGGCAUAAUUAAAUAGUUAAAUUCAUCUAGCUUUAACCUUAAAGAAAAAAAAAAAAACACUUUAAUCACACAAAUUCUGUUGAAAUGCAAGAGUAAAGACAAUGAAAAUGGAAAUAAUGUAACAAGCACAUUUUAUUCACCUCUUUCUGACAAUUUGUUCAACUUGUUUUGACUGUUUCCAGAGGUUCAUCUAUGGCCUUCUUUAAUAAUGUAUUUUUGGCUUGUGUUAGGAUUUGUGCUCUUUAUUUUAAUGCCUCUCACUUAAUAUGUCAUAUAUGUAAUAAAAUGUAUAGAAGUAAUAUAUGUUUUACCAGUAUAUAUUGUCAUCGCCUUGCUUUGUCUAGUCAUUGACAAAUUGAUUUCUAACUAGUUUCAAGUAUCAAUACAUGUACCUUUUUUCAGAAAACACAGGAGUAUGCAAUCAUCUCAAACAACUCAAUAUGCUAACCAACUUGGCAUGAUUGAAAAAUUGCUAGAGGAAUCAUUGCUAUUAAAAGAUCUAGUAAGCAUUAUCAUCAUGGAUGCACAAAGCAAGAUAUGAUUAAUGAGGCCCAUGUCUUUUGUUACUUAUUUUUACUUUUAGCAAAUGUAUUAAGCUCGAUCCACAAUGCAAUAAAUAUAUUUUGUCCUACUGUACACAGUGACGUCAAUACAAGACCAUCAUGGGUGAUUUUUUAAAAUUUAUUUAUUUAUUUUUUUCUCCCUUUUGUUAUUGGUUGUCAAAGUAUAAUGUGAUGUCAUUUGUUCAUGACUUGUUGCACAAGUAACUUUUAACAUUGUCCAUCAUGCUUUAGGUCAAACGGCCUAAACAUUGAGUACAUUUUCUCACACUAUUGUGCUUUUGUCAGGGUUCAAUGGCAGGAGAUUCUGAAUUGACAUUAAUUUCAUAAGAUCUAAGCGUAAUCAUGUUAAAGCAUUGAUGUUGGUGUCAGUGAAAUGAGUCCCAGAUUUGUGUCUGUACUGUUCAUGACCAAUUGCGUGCAAUAAAAACAACAUCUGAGAUUCUGUUUUUUUUU